CAAGAUUCCCUACUGUGGUUGCAGUAUAAGUCACAAUAGCUCAACGCUGUCACAGUGUAGCCUAGCUACUAUUAAUUUAAUGUCAUUUACUUCUUCCUGAUUUUUCGCAUUUUUCCCCGCCUGACUGCAGUUUUUUUAAUGGCGUGUCCUGGCAAUCACACAGUGGAGCUGAACCCAGCCCUCCUCCCUCUAGACUGGCUUCUGGGUAGCUGGGAGUCAGAUGAACCUGGAGAGGGAUGUUUUACCUCUAUAAAACCUUUCCGCUACAUAGAGACACUGAACUUCAGCCACGUGGGACAACCAGUCAUCAACUUCACGUUCAAUGCCUUCCAUGCAGAGACCAAGAAGCCCCUGCACAGGGAGUGUGGCUUCAUUCGAAUGCAGCCGGGGGCCAACAGAGUCGCGUUCAUCAUCGCGCAGAACUCCGGUCUGGUGGAGAUUGAGGAGGGAGAGCUGACAGCACAGCAGCUGACCCUCCAGAGCCAGGCUCUGGCCAGAGUCUCUUUCGCCAGGGAGCCGCAUGUACAGAAGAUUUCUAGAGUGAUUCAGCUCCGACCAGAUGGGAGGUUGGAGCAGACAGUUUCCAUGGCAACAGACAACCAGCCACUGAUGCAGCAUUUGCACAUCACCUACCGUCGUUCAUCUUGACCCAACGGGCUGUGAGGCUUCUUUUACAUAGAUGUACUUUGGUCAGGAAAGAUAAAUGUUGUCUUUAAAAAGGGGCUUAACCAAUAAUCAUGGUUUAGUUAGAUAAUCACAUAAACAGUUUGAGUUACGGUGUACUAUUAAAACAUUACAUACAGUAAUAACUAGGCGUUGUUUAUGCACUACAGGGAGACAGAAAUAGAGUUUAUGUUACUGUUCAAUAAAAAAAUAA